AUGGCGACUUCCAACCUCGGAAGCGAGUCUUGGAACAAUGCCGAUGAUUACGAGCCCGGAGCUGAGCUUCAUACUCGUGCCGUCAAAUUUCUGGACGCGAUCAACUGGGAGGCAUUGACUUCCCUCGCAUCGGAGCUACGCGAUGGCACUCCUUGUCGGAUCGAGCAGCCAUAUUCUAUUGGACAUUUCAACAUGGUUCGCAGAAUCAUCUUCAAAGACUAUGUCAGUUGGGUUGCAAGACUGCGGAUGCCCGAUCUUGAUGCCGUUUUUGGCUCGCGGGAAAGCCUCGAUCCUACGAGCUUGAUGCGGGUGGAAGUCGCGACAAUGAAGUAUCUAAGCCGCAAAACGAGUAUUCCGGUACCCGAGGUUUACCAUUGUGACUAUAGCCGGGACAACAGUAUUGGUGCGCCUUUUAUCAUGAUGAGCUACAUCCAUGGUAAUGCGGCAAGUGAGCUACGACUUCAAAAAGACUGCCCGUCUAGGCUGUUCGGUACGCCGGAGCAAGACAAAGAAUUUCGACGACAGAUGGCCGACAUCCAGGUACAAUUGGCUGCGAUUCAGUUCGAUCGCAUCGGUUCUCUUUACGAGGAUGGCGAUGGUUUCACCAUAGGUCCAGAACCAGAGACUGGUGAUGGGCCGUGGGAUACCGCCGCCGACUACUAUAGGAGCUGGGUGCGUCAUCUUGUCGACGUUGCUGAGCGGGAUGCCGACCCGGAGAUGAAGAAGAGGCCAUCGUUCAACUUGCCUCAGUCAUUCCUCCCUCUGAUGCAUCAGUAUAGCAUCGACCUGACGAGCCGCGGCCCAUUAAGGCUGGCCAAUCGCGACUUUGGUGCUCACAACGUGCUGGUUGACGACAAUUUCAACAUUAUUGGGCUCAUCGAUUUGGAUGGUGUCAUGGCAGCACCAAUCGACUUGGUUGCUCAUUUCCCUACCCUCACAGGCCUAGAUAGAGAGGUCCCCGGGCACAAAGAGACAAACCCAGCUGCCAUCGAACGCAUAGUGGCUACCAGGCCGCUGAUUGCCGAUUACCAACGCUUGUUGGCGUCAUCUCAGCAGCAGUCUGUUUCAGAAGAUGAAGGUGCUGCCGGAGCUGUUCUCGCCGACCGGAUCACAUCAGACGGCGCCACCAUUGUCUAUGGUCUGUCAAGAUUCGCGGGGCAUCAGGGUUUCGUGAACGAUAAAUGGAUGGGUGUUUUUGAAAGAUACAUGCGCAGAAAGGCAUUGGACAGCGACGCAGCUUCAUAA